UUGAGCCGUUAGUACUUGCUUCGCCUGAUGCCUGCAAUGCCUAGCAAGAAGCGCAAGACGGAGGAUGCACGCCCCGCCGCACCAGGUGAGCUGGAGAUCGGCACCGCGGUGCUGUACGCGGGCGGUCGGGGCAGAAUCUACGAGUCCUUUGAGGAGGUGGACCAGUAUUGGGUGGAGGACCAGGACACCGGCGACGUGGUGCGGGAUGCCUCGGGGGAGAUCAUCGACUUCAGCUGUGCAGAUCUUCAGCUGGCACCGGUGGAAGCUACCACGGAGGACCAGGACCAAGUGUGCUUUGCACGUGGCGGCGUGCUGUUGCUAGGCACAGAGAAGCAGAUGGUGAAGAUCAUCCACCACUUUGGUCAGUCCAACAUGGAGGAGCGGACGACUCCGCAGCAGUUGCUGGCUAUUCCGAGCAGGAGCUGCAUCGAUGGGCUGGCAAAAUGCGCCAUGCAGGGCGUGGAGUCAGGCCUGCGGGAGCUCGCAGCCCGGCUCCGCAGCGACAUCAAGGUGGGGAUCCGGGUGGCGCAGCUGAAGCAAGCGGCCAAGCAGCUGGGCGAGCAGCUCUUAAAGCUGGAGGACUACUUUUGCUUGGCCUCGGUGCACUUGCCCUAUGACUGGAAUGCCAUUGAGGCAGCCAGCCCGGCAGAAGCCCUCCGAAGGAGAGACGUUUGGAACCAGAUCGAUGUCUGCGUCACCGCCUUCGGAGAGGCUGAGGGCCCUCUAGGAAGCACCAAUGACGCUGCGCGCAAGGCGCUGGGCGAACAGUGCGGCCUAGAAGUGUCAGACAAUCUUUGGCAGAGCGAGGUGCAGACGCGGAUCCGGGAGCAACUGGGCUUCCGCAGCCUGCCGCUGAGCUUCAAGGAUUCGUUGGACUUUGAGAUCUUCCCUUUGCUGCUGCCAAAGGAUGCUGUGGUGACCACCAUCAAGGGCGUGCUUUGCUUCGGAGAGGCCCCGGGUGCCAAGUACCUGGAUGCCCUAGGUGCCCAGAAGGGCUUGGAGCAGCAAGUGCAAGGCAAGACGGUCCAGGAGUGGCAAGCUCUGCAGAAGGAGUUUGCCGAUCAGCCCCCGUUGCCGGCUGGCUGGCUGCGGGUGCGCUCUCGCAGCACUGGGCAAGUCUACUUCUUCAACAAGGAAACGCUCCGCGCCACGUUCGAGCCGCCAGUGGCGGCGGCAACACCGGUGGCUGAAACAAUGCCGCAGCUGCCGCCAGGCUGGACGCAGCAUGUGUCCAAGAGCAAUGGCAAGGUGUACUAUUUUCACAAGGCCAAGAACAUCUCCAGCUACUACUGGCCUCGCGAGUGAGCGGCGUACGCUCCGAUGUUUGGCUUCAGAGGAGCCAUGCGGCUCCAAGGCUGCUCCGCAUUUAAAGACUGUGUCUCUAGG